UGGAAGUGAAAGUGAAUGAAUGCCAGAGGCUUAAUUAGAGAGGAGACCUGCGCCUGCGCCAGUCCCUCCGACAUCGCCGCGCAUCACGCUCGCGCACUGUGUUCGCCAUCGCACGCGCAUCUACAAGUGAUCGUUCGCGCGCAUAUCCAAUUUAACUUCAACCAACAUCCAACAAAAGAGAUGAGCCGGCACACCUGCCUGGCAGCUGCAGCCCUGCUCGCUGUCAUAUGCCUUGCCGAAGCUCAAAGGCGGCUUGCUCUACCUGACCCCAGAAGUUGCUCUAACAGGGUCCGUCAUUCGACAUAUCGGGAUGCCCGUGGAGUUCUACACUCAUACUUCUUCAGCUGGGAGCAUGCGCCCACAAGGAACCUGGAAGUAGAUUGGCUUGACGCCAGAAACAUCUGCCGCCGCCACUGUAUGGACGCUGUCUCACUAGAAACGCCGCAGGAAAAUGAAUUCAUUAAGCAGAGGAUCGCUCGCGGUAACGUCCGAUAUAUUUGGACGUCCGGUCGUAAGUGCAACUUUGCCGGAUGUGAUAGAGCCGAUCUUCAACCUCCCAAUGUAAACGGUUGGUUCUGGUCUGGCUCCGGUGCCAAGAUCGGUCCAACUACGCAGCGUAACACCGGGGAUUGGUCUUACACUGGAGGAUAUGGACAACCUCAACCUGAUAACAGGGAAGCUGCACAAGGUAACGACGAGUCGUGUUUGUCCAUACUGAACAACUUCUACAACGAUGGCAUCAAGUGGCACGACGUUGCUUGCAACCACGAGAAGCCCUUCAUCUGCGAGGACAGCGAGCAGUUGCUCAACUUUGUCCGCUCCCGCAACCCUGGACUCCGUCUAUGAGCUUGAACUAUCGUGUAUUAACCCUCGUCUUUAGUAUUUUUAUAUGGCUGGCAGUGUACAAAAUGUAAUGGCUAUCUCUAUUUAAGUUAUUUAUUAUUUAACAUAUUAUUCACUUCGAGGUAUAUAGAUUGAUACCUUAUUUGGUGGUUUCCAUAAUUUAUAUUGUGACAGCAAAAAUGAAAGUAUAGCGCAAAUAUAAUACUAUAUUAUUACUUAAUUUUGAAGGUCCAAAGUAAUUAAGUAGUAUUUUAGUAUAAUACAAUCUACUGUCACAAUUUGAAGGUCAGUCAUAAUUUCUGUGGUACCUACCUAGUGAUUUCUCCCUAAGUUAUAACUUUUGUAAAAAGGUCUUGUUUUGCACAAAAUAGGAUUAACAUAAGUAUUAGAAUAAAAUAACUUGGUAUUUUUA